AUGUCGACGCCCGUGAGUCCCGUGGAGUACAAGCUCCCGUCGCGCUCGACAACCGUGAGCAGCAGCCUGACCCGUCAGACAUCUGUCAGCGAUGACGAGGCGAUCCCCGUUACCGAUAGCAGCGAGACUACCAAUCUCCUGUUGGAGCGCCUGCAAGCAUGGAAGCACAUGUGCGGAAAUCUUGAGGACUAUGUCGCGACGACAGCCAAAAUUUCCAAAUCUCAGUCCAAGGACCACGAGAAGAUCUUAAAGACUAUGAGCGAACCUCUGAAGGAAGGCAACCAUUUCAGCACCAGCGCUGACGGUGUCAAUGGUCUGUUCGAGAACAUGCGGAACAAUACCCAGGGAAUGGUCAACAUGUACCUCGAGACCGAGCAGAACCUGAAGGGUACCGUGCUCCCCACUUUGGAGCGCCUGCACAAGGAAAUUAAGAGCAAGACUAAGGAACUCCAGUCCGGAGCUGUCAAAGGUGCCAAGGCCGUUGAGAAAGCCCGACAGGCCACUCAGAAGCAUAUCGAACUUCUAGGCCACCACUCGGCUUCUCACGAUGCCGUUGCUAAAAACAAGAUCGAGACCCAGUACGACCCUUAUGUCCUCCGCCGUGGUAUCAACCACCGCCUGAACAAACAGGUCACCGAGGAGAACAACCACCGCAAUGACAUUCUAGCGAUCCAGAACUCGUUCGCAGAGUUCGAGGCUCACGUUCUCCAGACCAUUCAAGGUGCACUCGAGCAAUUCUUCCAGUUCAUGGGCGGCCAACUGGAUCGCCAGCGCGCCAUGUAUGCCGACAUCCUGGGUACCGCUCAGCGCAUCCCAGCCGACUUCGAGUGGAUGAACUUUUGCGUGAGCAACGACUCCAAACUAGUGAACCCUGACUCGCCGCCCCGCUCCUUCUCCAGCAUCACCUUCCCGAACAUGGACCACCGCUCCACGCACCCGCUGAUCGAGGGCUCUCUGCAGCGCCGCUCGCGCGCCGUCAUCAAGGGCUACAGUACGGGUUACUACGUCGUGACACCCGCUCGCUACCUGCACGAGUUCAAGGAUACCGACGACUUCCGCAAAGACCCCACCCCCGAGCUGUCACUAUACCUGCCCGACUGUAUCGUCGGCGCCAUCGACGGCGCCAAGUUCAACGUCAAGGGCAAGGACGUGUCCAGCGGCAAGGUCGGCAAUGCCUUCCACGCCACCACCGAGUUGAGCUUCAAGGCCCACAGCGCCAACGAUGCCGAGAAGUGGUGGACCGUCAUCAAGGACUGCACUCGCGGUACCGCCCUGGCCACUCCUGCUGUGUCCUCCAUUACGGCUACUUCCCCCAUCAGCCCCGUUGCUACUAGCCCCGCAGCUACUAGCCCGGCCGGUAGCUCCUCGCAGGCCCAGCCUCCAGUCUAUGCCGAGAAGGAGAAGGCAGCUGCCGCUGCUGAAACGAGCGUCGAUGCAAAGGACCAUGCCGCCGCCCCUAGCUCAACAGCUGGCUUGGGCCGCUCCACCAGCACCGCUAGCCACUUCCAUGGCUCUCCCGGUGGCUCCGCGGUGCAGGAGAAGUCAUGA